CAUGUUUGUAAAGCACUUAAAGAGUUAUACAGUGUUAAUUGUUCAGCUGAAGAUGUUUUCAACUUGGAUUCUAGCACUGAUGAAAAAUUUAGCCGCCAUUUAAUAUUUCAACUUCAUGAUGUGGCAUUUAAAGAUAACAUUCAUGUAGGUAAUUUUGUAAGAAAAAUUUUGCAGCCUGCCCUUCACCUAAUUGCCAAAGAAGAUGAUGAUAGGAUUCCAGAGAAAACAGGCCGUGGAUUUUCCCAUUUUUCUGAAGCACCUGUAAAAGAAGGAACUUCCUUUAACAAAAUGUCCACAGAUAAGGAUACAGGAGAAAGCUGGGCAUCGGAUUCAAGGAAACUGGAGAGGCUGGGGUCAGCUGAGCAAAGAAGUCCUAGUCUUUCAUUUUUAGUUGUGAAGAAUAACAUGGGAGAAAAGCAUCUUUUUGUGGAUCUAGGAGUUUAUACAAGAAAUAGAAAUUUUCGGCUGUAUAAAUCAUCAAAAAGAGGAAAGAGUGUGGCUUUGGAAGUCGCUGAAGAUAACAGAUUUUUUCCUACACAGCCAAAAAAUAUUUCUGAAGAAAACCAAUAUUUUCUCUCUUCUUUGGUCAGCAAUGUCAGAUUUAAUCAAACUUUAAUUUCUCAAUUUUUAGCUAUUAUAACUUUUCUCUUUAUUGUAGUAGAAAUGACUGACGGUUUUCAGUGUUCUCCCUACCCUGAAGUUGAUCGUUUUGUUCUUUCUUUGGUGAACAGAAAUGGCAUUAAAGGAGGAAUUCGGCGUUGGAACUACUUUUUCCUAGAAGAACUAUUGGUUUAUGAUAUUUGUAAAUAUCGCUGGUGUGAAAACAUUGGAAGAGCCCACAAAAGUAAUAAUAUCAU